AUGAAGACAUCUACAAUCCUGGGGUUGGGGAUUGCCCUGCCCUUCGUCGCCGCCAAGGUCUCAUAUGACGGAUACAAGGUUUUCCAUGUCGACAGCGGUGGCGAUCAUGUCGCCGUAGCCAAGGCCCUCAAGAGCAUUGACCAUAUGUCGCUUGGUUGCGGGGGCAGCCACAAUGGCUUUGAUAUCGCUGUGCCGCCCACAAGCCUCAACGCUUUCAAGGACCUAGGCCUUGGCUACGAGAUUGUACACGAGGAUCUUGGCGCGGACAUUGCUGCCGAGGCCGCCUUCACUCCCUAUGUUGAAAUUCCCACCAUACCGACCAGAACAGCCACAAUCAAGGAUCGGGGUAAUGCCGCCUUACCCGACAUUUCGUACUUUGACUCAUACCACGACUUUGAAAGCCACCUCGACUUCCUCGAUGACCUCGUAGCUGCUUUCCCGGGCAACUCCGAGACCUUUGUGGCUGGCCAGUCCGUCGAAGACAGACCACUCAAGGGUAUCCAUCUGUAUGGCGCUGGAGGUCCUGGUACCAAGCCGGCCAUUGUGUGGCACGGUACAGUCCACGCCCGCGAAUGGAUUACUACAGUCACCGUUGAAUACUUGGCGUAUCAGAUAAUUAAGGGCUACCAGGAUGGCGACAAGACCAUCACCGCCACGCUGAAUAGCUAUGAUUUCUACAUUAUCCCCGUGGUGAAUCCCGAUGGAUUCGUCCACGCCCAAAAGACGGACCGCCUGUGGCGCAAGAAUCGCCAAGAGCGCUCGGGAGCCUCGUGCGUGGGCACCGAUGUGAACCGCAACUGGCCCUACAAGUGGGACAUCGACGGCGGCUCGUCUCCAGACCCGUGCGACGAGACGUACCGCGGCGAGGCCCCCGGUGACACGCCGGAGAACAAGGCCCUGACUAACCACACCCUGACGGUCAGCGACGGUGUCGGACUCAAGCUCUACAUUGACUGGCACUCGUACAGCCAGCUCAUCCUCCUCCCUUACGGCUACAGCUGCUACGCCGAGGCCUCCAACAUAGACGUGCAGAUGGACAAGGCGGGCAUCGUCGCCGACGGCAUCCGCUCCAUCAACGACCUCGACUUCAUCUACGGACCCACUUGCAAGACCAUCUACUCUACCGCCGGUGUCAGUAUGGACUGGGUGUACGAUAUUGCCGAGGCUGAGCUGGCCUGGGCCAUUGAGCUGCGUCCCGGAUCUAACACCGACGGUGGCUUUGUCAUUCCUCCUUCCAACAUUUUGCCCUCUGGAAAGGAGAUUUGGGCUGGUAUAUCUAGUCUUUUCGAGUCUUUUUAA